AUGCUGGCCCGGCGCUGCCUGGCAGCCACCGCAAACGGCAGCCAGCAUUUGCAGUGUGCAGCAGGGCUGUCCCAAUUGAGCAGCAGCGCCUAUGGCGUUGCCGGCGGCGGCGCCGCUUCUGCCGCCGUGGGCGGCGGCCGCUGCUACGCCGGCAGCGCUGGGAGUGGCGGCGAGGCACCGGCCGACAUCCGCAAGGCCUUUGCCUACUGCGUGGAGCAGGUGAAGAAGCACGACUACGAAAACUACCUCUGGGUCACCCAGCUGCCCAAGCCCCUGAGGGCUCCCAUCUUUGCGCUGCGGGCGUUCAACGUGGAGACAGGCCUGAUCAGCCAGCAAGCCAAGUCGGAGAUGCUGGUGCUCAUGCGGUGCCAGCAGUGGUGGCGCGACGCGGUGAACGACUGCUUCAAGGGGCGGCCCCCGGAGCAGCCGGUGGUGACGGCGCUGGCAGAGGUGCUGCGCGUGGUACCGCUGACGCGGUACCGCCUGCAGCAGAUGGUGAGCACACGAGAGGAGGACCUGCUGGCCCACGCGCAGCCUGCCAGCCUGGAGGCGGUGGAGCGGUACGCAGAGGGCACCUCGGGCCAGCUGCUGCUGCUGCAGCUGGAGGCUGCACGCAUCGGCGCAGGCAGCGCUGGCGCUGGAGGCGGCAGCAGCAGCGACGACGGCAGCGGCAGCACGCCUAGUAGCGGCAGCAGCCCUGCAGGAGGAGGAGGCGGAGCGGCGGCGGCGGCGGAGCAUGGGGCGGCGCACCUGGGCAAGGCGGUGGGCAUUGUGGGCCUGCUGCGCGGCACGUAUGCGCUGGGCAGCCAGCGGCGGGUAUACCUCCCCGCCGACCUGUGCCAGCGGCACGGCGUGGGGGAUGAGGACGUGCUGGCUGGGCGCGACUCGCCAGGGCUGCGCGACGUGACGCUGGCCGUCGCCUCCGCCGCCAAGCAGCACCUGGACGACGCGCGGCGGCUGGCGGCUGACGUGGCGCCAGCCGCGCGGCCCCUCUUUGCGCCCGCCGUGGCGGCCGCCAUGUACUUGCAGGCGCUGGAGCAGGCGGGCUUCAACCUGUUCGACCAGCGCAUGCUGCGGGGGGCCUUCUCCCCGCUGGCCUACCAGCUGCGCCUCAAGUGGGCGCUGCUGCGCAACAGCUACUGA